AUGGCUGGACCGUUGGAGCAAGAUCCCGGAUGGCAAUUUCUUCGCCAAAGUCAAGAGCAGAUGCUCGCGGCAUCGACAAAGAAAUUCGAUUCGAAGAAAAAUGUGUGGAUCGCUGACGCAGAAGAGGGCUUUAUCGCCGCUGAAAUCCAGGCGACAAAGGGAGAUCAACUUACUGUUGUUACCAGUAAUGGAGCCGAGAAAACUCUCAAAAAGGACGAUGUGCAACAAAUGAAUCCACCAAAAUACGAGAAAACUGAGGACAUGGCGAAUCUGACUUUUCUCAACGACGCCUCCGUUUUGCACAAUCUUCGACAACGCUAUUACGCCAUGAUGAUUUAUACGUACUCUGGAUUGUUCUGUGUGGUGAUCAAUCCGUAUAAAAGGCUUCCAAUUUAUUCGGAAAAUGUCUGCAAGAUGUUCAUCGGAAGACGACGAAACGAGAUGCCUCCUCAUCUAUUUGCCGUCGCUGACGAAGCAUAUAGAAAUAUGACUAACGAUCGUGAAAAUCAAUCAAUGUUGAUUACUGGCGAAUCGGGAGCCGGAAAAACGGAAAAUACGAAAAAAGUGAUCUCCUAUUUUGCCUAUGUGGGAGCAAGUCAAAGCUCUGCUCCGAAACAAAAGGACAACAAGAAUGCUUCGAUCGAGGAUCAAAUCGUUCAAACGAAUCCCGUGCUUGAAGCUUUUGGAAACGCGAAGACCGUCCGUAAUAACAAUUCGUCUCGUUUCGGAAAAUUCAUUCGUAUUCAUUUCAAUGCUGCUGGAAAGCUUGCCGGAGCUGACAUCGAACAUUAUCUUCUUGAGAAAUCUCGUGUAAUCAAGCAGGCACCAGGAGAACGAUGUUAUCAUAUUUUCUAUCAAAUCUAUUCCGAUGCAAUCAAAGGAAUGAGAGAUCGUCUCCUUCUCGUCCGCCCGUUGAAAGAUUAUCAUUUCGUCGCCCAAGCCGAAUUGACCAUCGAUGGUGUUGAUGAUAAAGAAGAAAUGAUGCUCACUGAUGAAGCUUUUGAUAUUAUGAAGUUUACACAGCGCGAAAAAGACGAGCUUUUUGCUGUGACAGCCGGAAUAAUGCAUAUGGGUGAGAUGAGAUUCAAGCAAAGACCUCGCGAAGAACAAGCUGAAGUUGAGGAUUGUGCUGAAGGAGAACUCGCGUGUAAACUCUACAAAUGUGACUUCGAGAAAUUUGUGCAAGCUUUGCUUAAACCAAGAGUCAAGGUCGGCACCGAGUGGGUGAACAAAGGACAAAAUCUUGAGCAGGUGAACUGGGCCAUUGGUGCACUGGCAAAAGCGUUGUACGCACGAAUGUUCGGUUGGCUCAUCAAAAGAUGCAACAAAACGUUGGAUGCUCAAGAUCUCUCGAGAGAUUACUUUAUUGGAGUGCUGGACAUUGCCGGUUUUGAGAUUUUCGAUCUUAAUUCUUUCGAACAAUUGUGGAUCAAUUUUGUGAACGAGAGACUCCAGCAAUUCUUCAAUCAUCACAUGUUCGUUCUCGAGCAAGAAGAAUAUCAAAGAGAGGGCAUCAAAUGGGAGUUUAUCGAUUUCGGAUUAGAUCUCCAAGCGUGCAUUGAGCUCAUCGAAAAGCCACUUGGUAUCAUUUCGAUGCUCGAUGAAGAAUGCAUUGUGCCAAAGGCUACCGAUUUGACUUUGGCUCAAAAACUGAACGAUCAGCACCUUGGCAAACAUCCGAAUUUCCAGAAGCCAAAACCGCCAAAGGGAAAACAGUCAGAAGCUCAUCUGGCAAUCGUCCACUAUGCUGGCACUGUGCGCUACAAUGUGAAAGGAUGGCUGGAGAAAAAUAAGGAUCCUCUCAACGACACGGCUGUAACAAUUCUGAAAGUGAACAAAGAUAACGAAUUGAUGUCAGAGCUUUGGUCAAAUUAUGAUACACAAGAGGAUAUUGCAAAUGCGGCAAAGGACGGCAAAAAAGCAGCACCGGGGAAGAAAAAAGGUAAAUCAGCGUCAUUCCAAACGGUUUCAAUGAUGUACAGAGAGUCACUCACAAAGCUCAUGAGCAUGCUUCAUCAGACUCAUCCUCAUUUCAUUCGUUGCAUCAUUCCAAACGAGCAAAAGAAAUCUGGAAUGAUUGAGGCAAAUCUCGUGCUGAAUCAAUUGACAUGCAACGGUGUUUUGGAGGGAAUUCGAAUUUGUCGAAAAGGUUUCCCGAAUCGUAUGCCAUACCCUGAUUUCAAGCAAAGAUAUGGUCCAUUGGCUCCGGAUGAAGCUUCCGAUGGGGAUGCGAAUAGAGCCGGAGAAAAAGUUAUGGCAAGACUUGUGCAAAAAGGACAAGUUAAAAUUGAUGAUUAUCGAAUUGGAAAAACGAAGAGUGCAACGGAUGAUAUAGCUGCCGGGAAAGCUGUCACUGAAGAGCUUUCGAAGAAAAAUGCCCUUAAACCAGAGGAAUUUCAACUUGGACAGACAAAGGUUUUCUUCAAGGCCGGUGUUCUGGCGCAUUUGGAAGAAUUGAGAGACGAAGCUCUUUCCGUUAUCAUGACAAAAUUCCAAAGUGCUUGUCGACAUUAUUUGGCGUUGUGCGAGUACAAAAGACUUGUCGAUCAAAAGGUUGGAUUGGUUGUUGUUCAAAGGAAUGUUCGUGCUUGGUGUACACUCCGAAGUUGGCACUGGUUUUCUCUUUUCUCACGCGUUAAACCACUCAUCAAAGGAAACAAAAAAGAUGAAGAAUUCGAGGCGCUCGAGAAAAGAUGUAAAGAACUUGAAGAUAACUACUCAAAAGAGGAAAGAUCGCGAAAAGAUUUGGAAUCCGAAGUGGCGAGACUUCAUUCCGAAAAACAGGCACUUGCAAUGCAAUUAGAACAAGAGAAAGAUUCAUCGGCUGAAGGAGAAGAAAGAAGUGCCAAAUUGCUUGCACAAAAGGCGGAUCUUGAAAAAAGGAAUGGAGAUCUCAACGAUCAGCUUGGUGAUCAAGAGGACAAAUAUAAUGCUUUGCAGAAAAUGAAGAAAAAGGUCGAAAGCGACAAUGAUAGCUUGAAGAAAAAUGUUCAAGAUUUAGAAACAACCAUCAAAAAACAAGAAUCGGAAAAACAAACGAAAGAUCAUCAAAUUCGUUCACUUCAAGACGAAAUCUCAAGUCAAGAUGAAGUGAUUGCAAAGAUUACGAAAGAGAGAAAACAUCAAGAAGAGGUCAAUCGAAAGCUUCUCGAGGAUAUUCAAGCCGAAGAGGACAAGGUUAACCACUUGAACAAGAUGAAGAGCAAAUUGGAGAGCACUCUUGAUGAAUUGGAGGACAACUUGGAGAGAGAACGUCGUCAACGCCAAGACAUCGAAAAGCAACGUCGCAAAUUGGAGGGCGAACUUAAGAUGUCACAAGAAACAAUCGAGGAAUUGACACGAAUUCGCCAUGAACAAGAGGCGGCUUUGAAGAAAAAAGAUAUCGAGAUUCACAACAUCACAAGUCGACUCGAAGAUGAGCAAUCAUUGGUGAACAAAUUGCAAAAACAGAUCAAAGAGCUACUUGCGAGAAUUCAAGAGCUUGAAGAGGAACUUGAUGCCGAAAGGAAUGCUCGAGCAAAGGCUGAACGAGCUCGUGCCGAUAUGCAAUUGGAAUUGGAAGAGUUGGGCGAUCGUUUAGAUGAAGCUGGUGGAAAUACACAAGCACAAAUGGAGUUGAAUAAGAAAAGAGAAGCUGAAUUGCAGAAACUUCGGCAUGAUUUGGAAGAAGCAAGCAUUGUACAAGAGCAAGCAAUGUCUGGACUCCGAAAGAAACAUUCCGAUGCGGUCGCUGAAUUGACCGAACAAUUGGAGACUGUGCAAAAGAUUCGAGCGAAAUUGGAAAAAGAUAAGGCUUUGAUUCAUCGGGAAGCUGAAGAACUUCAAAAUCAGAUGGAUAUUGAAGGAAAACAGAGACAAAAUGCUGAACGUUUGGCAAAACAAUUGGAGGCACAACUCACUGAGCUGCAGCUUCGAAGUGAUGAGCAACAGAGAACAAAUCAAGAGCUUCAAUCACAAAAGAGCCGUUUACACACAGAGAAUGCCGAUUUGAAUAGACAAUUGGAAGAUGCUGAAUCUCAACUUGCUCAAUUGAAUCGAAUCAAGAGUCAAUUAAACACUCAAUUAGAAGAAUUGAAGAGACAACUUGAACAAGAAGCAAGAGAACGACAACAAGCACAUGUACAGGCAUCAAACUAUCAACUUGAAUGCCAACAACUUCGUGAAUCGCUUGAAGAAGAACAAGAUGCAAAGACGGAAUUGCAAAGACUUAUUUCAAAGGCGAAUGCGGAGGCUCAACAAUGGCGUGCUCGAUAUGAAGGAGAGGGAAUGAAUCGAGCCGAAGAACUCGAAGAGGCUAGACGCCGUCUCCAAACAAAACUCAACGAAAUGCAAGAGACGAUCGAAUCCCAUAUUCAAAAGAUUUCUUCACUCGAAAAAGCCAGACAACGACUGACUCAAGAACUCGAAGAUGCUCAAGUUGAUGCGGAUCGGGCAAACUCGAUCGCUAGUUCGCUUGAGAAGAAACAAAAAGGAUUCGACAAAGUGAUUGAUGAAUGGAAACGCAAAUGUGAUUCCCUCGUGCAAGAGCUCGAUUCGGCGCAAAGAGAUCAUCGAAACUCGAGUACUGAAGUGUUCCGUUUGAAGAAUCAACUCGAAGAAGCACAUGAACAAGUGGAUGGUGUUCGCCGCGAAAAUAAAGCUCUUGCUCAAGAGCUUAAAGAUAUUGCUGAUCAAUUGGGAGAAGGAGGGAAAAGUGUUCACGAUUUGCAGAAAAUUCGAAGACGUUUGGAAGUGGAAAAAGAAGAACUGCAACAAGCAUUGGAAGAAGCUGAAUCAGCUUUGGAAGCUGAAGAAAACAAGGUGAUGCGAGCUCAAGUUGAAUUGAGUCAAGUGAGAAGCGAAAUCGAAAAGAGAAUUCAUGAAAAAGAAGAAGAAUUCGAAAACACAAGAAAGAAUCACGCUCGAGCACUUGAAUCAAUGCAAGCCAGUUUGGAAACGGAAAGUCGAGGCCGAGCUGAAUUGUUGCGAAUGAAAAAGAAACUCGAGACGGAUAUCAAUGAACUUGAAGUGGCGCUUGAUCAUGCAAAUAAGGCGAAUGUCGAAUCUCAAAAAGCGAUGAAACGCUAUGUGGACACGGUGAAGGAUUUGCAGAUGCAAGUCGACGACGAGCAACGAAUUCGCGAAGAGCUUAAAGAUCAGGCACACAUCGCCGAACGAAGAGCCCAGAUUCUUCAAUCCGAAAAAGAAGAUCUUGUGAAUGCUUAUGAACAGGCGGAACGAGCUCGACGACAAAUCGAAUUGGAAACUCAUGAAAUCAAAGAAUCGGCCACAUCUCUUGCGGCCACAAAUGCCGCUUUAACUGCACAUAAGAGAAAAUUGGAAGGCGAGAUUCAGCAACUUCAAUCCGAAGUCACCGAGGCUUUGGGAGAAUUGAAAGAUGCGGAUGAUCGGCAAAAGAAAGCGAUUCAAGAUGCUGCUCGUCUGGCCGAGGAACUCCGUCAAGAACAAGACCAUUCAAACGGAAUCGAACGACAGAGAAAAGGACUUGAAUCGCAGCUCAAAGAGACUCAAGGUCGAUUGGAAGAAGCCGAAGCGCACGCAAUGAAAGGAGGAAAGAGAAAUAUUCAAAAGCUUCAAGAUAGAAUUCGCGAAUUGGAAAUGGAAUUGGACAAUGAGAAUCGCCGUCACGGAGAAACGGCAAAGAAUUACAGAAACAAGGACAGAAGAUGCAGAGAAUUGCAAUUCCAGGUUGAUGAGGACAAGAAAACGGCUGAGCGAAUGUACGAUUUGGUGGAGAAAUUGCAAACAAAGAUCAAAACUUAUAAGAGACAAAUCGAAGAAGCGGAAGGCCUUGCAACAACGAAUUUGAACAAAUAUCGUCAAAUGCAACAUCAACUUGAGGAUGCCCAAGAGAGAGCUGAAGCCGCAGAGAACAGUCUUCAGAAGUUCCGUAUCAAGAGUCGAUCGGGAUCCGUUGUUUUUGGGAGAGGACUCUCGCAUUCGAUGUCAACCGCAGCAGUGACUCUUGGUCGAGGUGGUUCUCGAUCGGUUCUCGAUGAAGAAUACGCUCAAGAUGAA